GAACAACAGUAUUAGUCAAAGUGAAGCUUCGCUGAGCGAAAAAAAAAGUUAAAAAAGCGCCAAAAUCUUUGCGAAAUCUGCAUAACCUUAAAUCUAAUAUCGCGCUAAAAAAAAAGUUAAAUUGAAAAUGUCGCUGUCCCAUUUAAUUACAUUGGUUGAUGCUCUGAACGAGCCUCGCAAUCCCGUCUACGAUUUUGGUAUGGGAAUGAAUCCACUUCAGUUCCAAUCCAGGGGCAUGAACUCGUCGCUGUUGAGUCCAUGGCAGUGCCCACAUCCCGAGUGCCCAACCUCGCCGGUCGGAAAGAUUUUGGCCAAUCGCCGCGGACGUGGCGACAUGACAAAACUAGCGAAUGGUGAGCUCGAUGCUUGGAGCAUGCCCAUUGCACAGGUGGGCAAAGAUGGCUACCAGGUGUGCAUGGAUGUCAGCCAGUUCACGCCCAGAGAGCUGAACGUGAAGGUGGCCGACAACUGGAUCACGGUUGAGGGCAAGCACGAAGAGCGCGAGGACGGCCAUGGCUACAUCUCGCGCCAUUUUGUGCGCCGUUAUGCUCUGCCCAAAGGCUACGACGGAGAUAAGGUCAUCUCCUCUCUGUCAUCCGAUGGCAUUCUCUCCGUUAGUGUUCCUAAGCCGCAGCCCAAUGAGGACAAGACCAAGGAGCGCGUGGUUCAAAUUCAGCAAGUGGGCCCAGCUCAUCUGAACAUCAAGCGAAACGAGGAAGAGUCCAAGCCGAAGACCCCCACCAAUGGAAAUAACACCAAAUAGAAAGCCAGCGAUCAACGUUAAACCAAAGUCAACCUCAUUUCUCAUCAUAUUUCAUGUAUUGCAUGUAUUUAUUAAAAAGUCAUAUUUAUUGUAAUGAGCGAAAGACUA